AUGGCCAACAUGAUCGGGAAGGAACGUGGCGCCCCGGUCAUGAUAGGCCAUACGGAACUGGAGCUUGAUAAUGAGUGGAUGACGCCCGACACUCGGGCGCAUGUUGAUGUCGAUUUUCCGUUGGUCUCGGCGGCCAACCAACCAUCUGAGAGCGGAGCUACCAGGCCCGCUGACCAGUCACUCAGCCCACCCACUGCACCCGGGUAUGAAACGACGUUUCAAGGUGCGGACGGCGACUUGUUGAGAUAUUUUGUCAACUCGGUUGUUCCGCCACUUUUAGAGGUUGAGAAGCAGAAGAAAUGGAAUACUAUGAGACAUGUACUUCUUUCCAUGGCCACCAAAUCCUCCAUGGUUCGAUCCGCUAUCCUAGCAUUUGCGAGUCUAUUGCGAUGCCGUCGAGAGACUCCAUGGCUACAAACAACACAGGUCCACUAUCAGGCUGCAAGUGACGAGCUUUCUCGCGUAGGGGAUACCUCCGACCGGGAUCUAGCAAAAUACAGCAAACAAAGAAAGAACCUACUGGCCACGCUAUUUUUUCUUUGCUAUAUCGACAUCCUAGAGGAGAGGAUGGAUACGACACAUGCAAACCUCAAGCGUGCCUACGAGCUGUUCAGUCUUGGCGAAGGUGGUGACUUUCAUCCUGUCGAAAUGCAAAUACUCUCAUGGAUUCGUCUUCUGGAUGCCCGUGCUGUGUCGGCAGGAGGCGAGGGCCUUUUCCUGAACGACAAGGACGAGAGCUUGCUGGUACAGGCCUCGCCAGCAACGGCGGACAACCCCGAUGACGAGCCGACACAUCCCGGUCAUGACAUUGAGGAUGUUCUAUUUGAGGUGCUAUACCAGCCUGGCCAUAUAUUCUACCAAAAGGUCCAGUCAUUCAUGGGCCGCAUCUCAAAGAUCGAUCCAUGGCAUCGGAGCCGUGGCACCGUUGAGGAUGAAACCGACGUGAUGAACAUAGCAGCCGCCAUUCUCAAAGACCUACGUGCUCUAUACGAUAACAGACCGAAGUUGAUGGAUCAUGCCGUAGCGGGGCAACUGAAAGCGCCACACGUGAGCUUUGAGGUAGCUGCUUCAAUCACACGGGCAUUUCGAGCAUAUCUCGCCAACUUCCACGCCAGCAAGGUCCAUCUUCAUCGUGUGGCAUACAAGCACCUGCCGUUGACAGCUGAUACGAAGGAGGCGCUUGUGCAGAUCCGUCUUCUAGCACAACUCAUGGUUGAUGAGUCCUGCAGCUACAAUGCGCCAACGUCGCCGGGGCAACAGAACAUCGACUCAGUAGGAUCCAGGACGGGUCAGGAGAGAACCUUAAUCAGCGAUCCACCAGGACAAACGUCAGAGUCACUUCCAGUUACGUUGUUAUGGCCGCUACUAAUGUUAGGCUCCGAGGAGAAGGAUCCAAAUGAGCGAGAGUGGAUCCGAGGGCAGAUUAUCAAGAUGGAAACGGUUGCGUCAAACGCCAGGGCCACAGCACAAGUUCUGGAAGAGGUGCAACGGCGUCAAGAUUUAACAGGUACCCGCCAGGACAUUCGGUCCGUCAUGCACGCCGUGUUCAGCCGGAUUUGGGCUAUUGUAUAG